ACAAAAAACAAAAAAAUUAAUAAAAUAUAGAGAUGAUGGCAGAUGAGAGUAUAUGUAGUAGUUUCUGAUGCAUAAACCAUGAUGGAUGAAAGGUCGUUUUACUACUUUAUAAAUACCCAAUUCCUUCCUUGGCCACUUUGCUUUUGUUUUCUGAUUGAUAUAUCUCCUUCCCUUCCUGUUCUAAUAAGUAGAAAAGAAAAACACCAAGAGCUGAACACACCUGUUGUAUCCUUAAUUAUAUUCUCCUUUUGUUUCCUCACCAGCUUGCUUGCAGCAAUGGAUUUCCCAAACCAAUCCAUGUCAGAUUCUCCACAGAGAAAGCUGGGAAGGGGGAAGAUUGAGAUCAAGAGGAUUGAGAACACCACCAAUCGCCAAGUCACUUUCUGCAAGCGCAGAAAUGGCCUUCUUAAGAAAGCUUAUGAGCUAUCUGUGCUUUGUGAUGCAGAGGUUGCUUUGAUUGUCUUCUCUAGCCGCGGUCGCCUCUAUGAAUAUGCUAAUAACAGUGUCAAAGCAACAAUUGAUAGGUACAAGAAAGCAUGUUCAGAUUCAUCUGGGGCUGGAUCUGCUUCUGAGGCUAAUGCUCAGUUUUAUCAGCAAGAGGCAGACAAACUGCGUGUGCAAAUUAGUAACCUGCAGAAUAACAACAGGCAAAUGAUGGGUGAGUCUUUGGGCUCUAUGAAUGCCAAGGAACUCAAAAACCUGGAGACUAAGUUAGAAAAAGGAAUUAGUAGGAUUCGUUCCAAAAAGAAUGAGCUACUAUUUGCUGAAAUUGAGUACAUGCAGAAAAGGGAGAUAGACUUGCACAAUAACAACCAGCUUCUUCGGGCAAAGAUAGCUGAAAGUGAGAGGAACCACCCUAACUUGAGCAUUUUGGCUGGGAGCACCUCAAACUAUGAGUCUAUGCAAUCUCAGCAGCAGCAACAGCAGCAGCAAUUCGACUCUCGCGGCUACUUCCAAGUCACUGGAUUACAACCCACUACACAUACUCAGUAUUCGCGCCAAGACCAGAUCUCAUUACAACCCAGUAGUCAGUAUGCACGCCAAGACCACAUGUCCCUUCAAUUAGUGUAAUGUGUUUGCGGUUGAGAAGUACUAAGACUUGUAGUUUGCAAUUUAGUAUUAUAGCAGCAGAUGAAUGCUAAGGUUAAUAUAUAUAUAAUUUAAGCAGAACUAUGUGGAGGGAAUUUAAAUGUAAGUGUUCCCUCAGUACUGAGUAGUUGCUUAAUUUGUAGACGUUUCAUAAGAGUACUCUAUCCUGUAUCUAUAUUGAAACGCUCCCUGAUAUGUUUAGUACUGUGUUCUAUGAUUAUGGAAAACACGAGACACCUUGACAUGUUGUUUUGCAAGUUUGUUCACAAGUGAAUGAAAAUUGCAAAAUAUGUUAUGGCCUUUAUUGGUGGAGUGGAGGGUAUAAAUUUGCUAUUGCUAUACACACACAUAUAUACUCCAGCU